AUGAAACUGUUAUUGGAUGUGCCGUUAGAAAUAGUUGAAGAUAUAUUGUUUUUCUUACCCCAACAAGAGUUAAUCAAUUUAUCGCUAACAAACUUUCAAUUUUAUCAACCAUGUAUGAAAAAAUUGUAUCAGAAGAUCACAAUUAGAAAAGACCCAAUACUUAAACAAAAUAAGGAUAAUAAAAGAGGAAUUGACUUCACCGAUUCUACUCAAACUGUGAUCUAUGGAUUCAGUAAGAUUACAAAGGAAGAAAAUCAUUUCAAGCUUAUCAAUGCCCGGCUCCAAUCUCUUAUUUCUUCUACUUCGAUCAAUGCAAAACUAAAUGACUAUAUUGAAGAAAUUACAAUAUUUGAUUCUUUUGAUAAAACCAUUAACGAAUCUUUGAUAAAAUUAAUUACUACGCUUGUUAACUCUGGCUUGAAAAGGUUGAUAAUUACCAAUCCCGCAUUACGGAACCAGGUGAAUACAAUCAUAUUGAAAGAAGGAUUUCAGAAACUUGAAUCGGUAAUAAUCGAUAAAGUGAACCAAUUAAACUGCAUAACUAACUUUCCAAAGAUAAAGGAACUACUUAUAUCAUUCCAAGAGGACACCCAAGAAGACCGUCAAUUAAGUGAGCUUGAAGUAAAUCAACAAUUGAUAAAAAGUUUAAAACAGCUUGAAUCAAUAAGCGUAAGCACAGAUAAUAAGUCUUACAAGUCCUUUAUAAAAGUUUUGAAUUAUAUUAACGACAAAAUUGCAUUUCAACUAAGUUUAAGUACAUUUACGUUGAACUAUUAUCACGAUGAUAUACCGCUUAUAGAGAGAUUUAUUAAAAGUUCUAUUAUAAAUUGGAAAACAAUUAAAUCCUUACAAUUAGCCAUUGGAUGUGAUGAUGUGAAAUGUAAUCAAGAAUGUUUGUCGAAGUUAUCGCUUCCGGUUUAUUUGUUGAAAAAGAUUGCCUUUGUCCAGAAUACUGAAAAAGUAAUUGAUACACAUAAAUAUAAUGAAAUAUGGGACAUUAAGGUCGUAGGCAUAUUACAAGAGGUCGAUACUAAAACAUUGAAAUACAUUUCUAUUCGACACAAGCCCUGUGAAAACGGAGUGUUUUUAGAUGGAAUGGAAGGAAACUAUUUACAACGGGUAAAGUUGUACACACAAACCUUACCUACGGCUAUUGAAUCAAAUAGAGCUACAUUGGUUUUGCCUAACUUCAUGAAGAGUUUGUCGUGUUACGAACAAGUGAUGAAUAAUUUGUUGUGGAAUGGUUGCAAGUGUGAACAUUGUGCAGUUUAUUUGGGUGACUUGGAUGAAUACCUUAUGUGCCAUAAGUAUUAUAACUUCAAGCUUCACCAAUUCAAAGAUAUUAUUAGUAGUAAUCUAUUUGUAACUAUCAGUGAAUGGCUUAGUAGAAGACUCCAUGGUAACGACAUUUUGAGUGAUCUUGACUAUUUGAAAUAUCCCUUCAAGAAAAAUACCUGGAACUUCCAUGACAACCUUUUCUCCAUUCCCUUCAAAUGCUUAGACCAUAAAAACUACGAAGAACACGAAUACGACGAUGAGGAGGAAGUAGAUAUCUUCCACGAUGCGCUAUCUGAGUUUGAACCAUGCAAAUUCAAUGAUCAUCUUUUCAGACCCGUUGGAAAAUGCGUAUCUCACUUCAUCAAUGACCUCAUCAUCCAAAUUGUAGAUCUAAACAGAGGUAAUGCAGAAGAUAUCGAACUCGAUAAAUACAAUGAUCUUAAUGACGGCACUGGAAUCGAGAAAUUUAGAAAAAUCAUACUCAAUGGCAUCUGCUACAAUUUGGACAAAGAAUUGAAUGGAACCAGUUAUUUCCAAAACGUAUACGACUAA